AGAAAAGAGAAAAAUAAGUUAGGAGAGAACCACACCGAGACAAAACCUUCCUCCAAUCUUCUUCAUUCACUUCUGUCAGCUGUCUAUCUAAUCUGGUCCAGCGAACAAAACUUUAAUUAUCUUUUUUUCUUUAGUUAUCUUUUUUCUUUAAGUUUUGCCUUCCCGUGUUACUCCUAAUCCGUCAGUGCGUUCCUUUAACUGUUUCUCUGUUAACUGCCUUGCGUAUGCCUUUCCCUGCAAAUGUUAAUGAUUUCUAUUCUUUACAAUUGUGUCUCAAGAUGUCUUCAAUUUAGUCAGUUUCAUACAGGAAAAAAUUAAAGAAGGCAGGAGAAUGUGGAAGUAUAUUGAGAGGUAAUGACAAGAACCGUCACACACUCGUAUGGGUUGCGCCGCCGCUCAGCAACACAAUAGUGCCACCACCACGCCUUCCAGCUUCCGCCUCCAAGUUCCAGUGAGUGUUGAGCAGCGGGCGAGUGAGGAUGUAACGCUCCGUCCCGCUUGUGCUGUGAGCAAAAAAUCAGGACUUGGAUUUUCACAACCUAGGGAAGUCGCGCUGGUGCCUCGGGAGUCUCAGAGAACAGCUGGGAGAAAGGGCGUGGUGAUCAGUCCGCCUCGCAGCACAACCUGGUCUCAUUUAUUUUAUACACUUGCUUCCUUCCCUCAUUACACGUUCAUGACUCCUGUCGCCUUCAGUCUCCAAUUUUGGUGAUGUACUCCCCUUGGUCACUCUGCCUUCCGCCACCUCCUUGCUGCUGCUGACCCACUAUCCAGGGUUGUUCCUUCCCCGGGGCCCAUGGGGAUCAGCGUGGCAAUCCUGAAGGCCGCAGUGUUAUCCAGGACCAGAAGGGCAGCUCUCUCAUAAUCUCCAUCAGUGCCACUAUCGUUCUCGUAUCCAUCAAGCCAGUGCCUGCCUAACUCUCUCCUCGCGUCCCAGUCCACGGCACCUUACAGCCAGCCGCCACUUCGAACAUGGUGGCACUGCGCUGAAUCAACAUGGGGUUCAAGAGGGUGGCCCCCGUGGUUCGCGUGGGAGGGCGCGGGUGGCUUCGUAUGGACGCCCGCCAUGCCGCCCUCACAGCUGCUCUCUACUCCAUGGCAACAUCCGUGGUGGUGGCGGCGCUGUGUGGGUGGCAGCUGGUGGUGAAUGGACAGCACCCACAUCACCUUCAGGAUGUCUAUUACGGUGUACAGAUCGCCUACUUGGCCACCUUGUGCACACACCUCGCCCUCAGUGUGCUCAGCUGCUUCCUCAUCAUGGGCAUAUACCAGGAGCGGGCGGGGCUGGUGUCACCGUGGGUGGUGGCGAGCAUCACCUUCAUGGCGCUGGAGGUUGUGUGCUGCGUGUACUCCAACGUGCUGCGGGAUCACAUCAACAAGAGAUUUGACACGAUAUGCAAGAUGGAGAUGAGCUUUCUCGCAGCACGGCUCUUGAUAAACAUUUUGGCCCUGUGGGGGGUUCUGAAGUUCCACAGGAACCUUCGCGCUGGAUACACCUACAGGGACCCAGAGGCCAUAGAGUUGUAGAGGACAAGACGCCAAGCUAUCGAAGAGGAAUCCAAAGAGAGGUGUCAUAUUCUCAGUGUGAAAUACAACAUUCUACUUGUCGCCUCUUAAGAAUGCUAACACUUCUGAAUGACGCACCGAGGACUGAUGUGGACACGCGCGCCAAACUUGAUUCUCGAGUCUUUGUGUGGACUAUGCAGAUGUACGUACAUUUAAGUUAACGAUACGAAAAAAAUUUUCUCACUCCUAUUCUAACAGUGAGCCCAAAAAAGCCCAAAGCAAAAGACUUGUAAGGAACUCAAAUUUUCUGAAGAAAUUUUCAUUAAAAAAGAUGACAGAAAUGUUUACUAACUCUUAAGCAUUGAAAAAAAAGGAAGGAAAUUUGCAAAUAAAAAUACACAAAUAAAAUAAAGAGUAAAAAAAAAACAAUGUUAAAAAUAUUAU